GGAACCCGGAAGUGUGUGCUCGGUAGUUCUCUAGAUGGCUGCGGAGCGGUGUAUUCGGAAGCCUCGGUAGCGAACGCUUCGUAGAUGCUGCGCUCACUCCACUCGCUGGGCUGGUUCUUGUUGGGGGUGCUGCACUUGCCUGGGCAACCCUCCCUUGCCGCCGGGAAAGAGGUCGACGUCAACCAUUAUAGAGACCGAGUCAAAUCCAUGUUUUAUCAUGCUUAUGAUAACUAUCUGGUAAAUGCCUUUCCCUACGAUGAGCUGCGUCCUUUGACAUGUGAUGGGCAGGACACUUGGGGAAGUUUUUCUCUCACAUUGAUUGAUGCCCUGGAUACACUGCUAAUUUUGGGGAAUGUCUCUGAAUUCCAGAGAGUUGUUAGUGUGUUGCAGGAGGGCAUAAAUUUUGAUAUUGAUGUAAAUGCUUCUGUCUUUGAAACCAAUAUCAGAGUGGUUGGUGGCCUCUUAUCUGCUCAUUUGCUGUCAAAGAAGGCUGGUGUUAAAGUAGAAGCAGGAUGGCCGUGUUCUGGCCCCCUCUUAAGGAUGGCAGAGGAUGCUGCUCGAAAACUUUUGCCAGCCUUUCAGACUCCAACUGGAAUGCCAUAUGGAACAGUGAAUUUACUACAUGGAGUAAAUCCAGGAGAGACACCAGUUACUUGUACUGCUGGGAUUGGUACAUUUAUAGUGGAAUUUGCUACUUUAAGUUAUCUUACAGGGGACACAGUAUUUGAAGAUGUUGCCAGAAGGGCUCUUAAGACCCUCUGGAAAAAUCGGUCUGAUAUUGGCUUGGUAGGUAAUCACAUUGAUGUGAUUACUGCCAAAUGGGUAGCCCAGGAUGCUGGGAUCGGAGCAGGAGUAGAUUCCUACUUUGAAUACCUUGUUAAAGGGGCCAUUCUGCUGCAGGAUGAGGAGCUGAUGUCCAUGUUUCUAGAUUAUAACAAAGCUAUAAAAAACUACACUAAAUUUGAUGAUUGGUAUCUCUGGGUUCAAAUGUACAAAGGAACUGUCUCAAUGCCAGUUUUUCAAUCUUUGGAGGCUUACUGGCCUGGCUUACAGAGCCUUAUUGGAGACAUAGAUAGUGCAAUGCGAACAUUUCUCAAUUAUUACACUGUUUGGAAGCAGUUUGGUGGGCUGCCUGAGUUCUACAAUAUCCCUCAGGGCUACACAGUUGAAAAGCGUGAGGGAUACCCCCUUCGACCUGAACUAAUAGAGAGCGCAAUGUAUCUGUAUCGAGCUACGCAAGAUCCAACUCUUUUAGAGCUGGGCAGAGAUGUGGUGGAGUCGAUAGAAAAAAUCAGCAAAGUUGAAUGUGGCUUUGCAACAAUCAAAGACCUAAGAGAUCACAGAUUAGAUAACCGUAUGGAGUCCUUCUUCUUGGCUGAAACAGUGAAAUAUCUGUAUCUACUGUUUGACCGUGAUAACUUCAUUCAUAACAAUGGAUCAUCCUUUGAUGUCUUACUGACACCAUAUGGAGAAUGCAUUCUUGAUGCUGGGGGAUAUAUUUUCAACACAGAAGCCCAUCCUAUAGAUCCUGCUGCCCUGCAUUGUUGCCGGAACCAAAAAGAAGAACAAUGGGAGGUUGAAAACUUAAUGAGGGAAUUCUACUCUUUGAAUAAGAGUAAGUUUCCUUUCACAAGAACUUCAGAGAAAAUGGGAAAAAGACAAAAAGAUUCUACUGAUAUUUCCUCUGAAGAUUACAAGAGACAAGCAGGCUCAGGCCAGAAAGAAAAAAGGAUGGUUCCAUUACUGAGCUGCCCCAGUCAAUCAUUCAACUCAAAACUAGCUGUUAUGGGACAGGUUUUCUUUGACAAUGCAUGAUUUCUUUUCUGAAAUUCAGAUGUGUUGAAAUCACUAAACUUGAAUUUUAUUUGCA